AUGCAACACUGCUUCAUCACGGUCGGAAGCACAACCUUCGACCCACUCAUCGAAGCAUGCCUACAAGAAUCAUCACAGCAGGCACUGCUUGCACUAGGCAUCACUAGCGUACGUAUCCAAGCAGGCCGGUCGCCUUUUGCCCUCUCUCACACAACGCCACAUGCACAGGGUCUUUCUAUUGAGGUGAUGGAUUACCUACCAGACCUUCACGCUGAGCUUGCCCAAGCAGACCUGAUCAUCGCCCACUGCGGUGCUGGUACAGUUCUUGAAUGUCUACGCUUGAAGACCAAGCCGAUUCUGAUUGUCGUUGCAAAUGAGACGUUGAUGGAUAAUCAUCAGGUGGAACUACGCGAUGCACUCGUCAAAGAAGACUAUUGUCUCGCUGCAUCACCCACUUCUCUACCAGGCGUUUUACAAUCCUUGCAAAAUCAACGAAAGCGAGCAUUCAACAAUCUACCAAAAAGCGAUGGCACGUCUCUCAAUCGCAUCAUUGCAGAAGAACUAGGAAAGAUUUAA